CCUCCCUCCCUCACUUGGAGGAGGAGGAGGAGGAGAGUGGUGAGCAUCUCCCAAGUUGUGCCCGUACAAUAUGUUGAUGAGGAGCAGCCAUCACAUCCACUCUUGGGUGAGAGCCGAAGGACCGAAGAGCCGAAGAGCCGAAGGACCGAGCGAGUAGCGACCGAGGCGAUAAGACUCCAAAAAGGGGAAAGAAGCGAAGAGAGAGAGAGAGAGCGACAUGUUUGGCAUGAUCAAGAAUUCGCUCUUCGGGAACACCGAGGAGACGGAAUAUAAGUUGCUGAGCACGGAGACCAAGGAUGGAGUCGGCUUUGAGGUACGGCGCUAUGACGCUGCCAAAUACGCCGUCGUGUCCUCUGAGGGACGCACGUUUGACCAGGCGACGGGGGAGCUGGUGAGGAAGCUGCUCAUGUACAUUGGCGGAAGCAAUGAACAAGGCGAAGCCAUGGGCACGGCGGCACCCAUCAUCAUCACCGUGUACCCUCGCAACGACGGCGUUCUGUCCCGCCGUCUGGUGGUCGCCAUCCGUAUCCCGUCAGUCUACCAGCAAAGCCCCCCGACGCCCACAGACAGUGCCAUCAAGAUCGACGACCGGCCCGGCAUGACCGUGUACACCCUGCAGUUCGGAGGCUUUGCGGGCGAGAGCGAGUACCGAGCAGAGGCCUUGCGUUUGACGCGCACCCUCGGCGAGACGGCCCCCUUCCAGCGCAAGCAGUACUUCUGCUGCAGCUACGACUCGCCAAUCAAGCCUUACGGACGCCGCAACGAGGUGUGGUUUAUACAGGACGAGCCGUAGCACCCGUUUUGCUCCUUCUGACUCCCCGCAGCUCGAUUUGAUUGGAGAGAAAGGGACCGUACUGCCACUUCCUGCUUUUUCUUGGUAAUGGAACAUAAUUCCUCAUAUUGCUGAAGCACAAGGCAAGUGUAGUAUUAAAUAUGUUUGUGAGUCUAAUAAAAAUAUUACUGUGGUAGGCUUAGGCCAAGGGACCAGUGAUAGGUGAAAAAUAUAACAUGGUGUGGAGUAGAAAAGACGCUAACUCCCCUUAGAGUUAGAUUAAUUAAUUUAGAUUAAUUAAUGUUUUGCAUAUAUUUCAGGUUUCAGCAACACACACAGGUAGACAAUGUGACACCUAAAGUACUAAAAAUAGCACAGCUGCUCUUGUUCUAAUAGGAACUGCAAAUAAAAGCCAUAAAGUAGAAUGGAACGGCUGCAACAGGAAGUUUGCUGUCAAGCGCUUUGUAUCGUGAAUUUGAAAAAUGUCACUUAGUGAUUCUACGUUAAAGUGUAACCGUUUCAUGUGGUGAAGUCUGUUUUUGUGCAUAUGUAGUUUUAUUUCUUCGUAUGUGAUACGUGUGUACAGUGUGACUGUGUGCUAAGACCGAGUACUUUAAUGGCUCGUCUUUCACAAAAUAAAAGAAUAAAUGUUUUGCUCGUGUUGUCAAAUAGGACAGUAACAUUAAAUGUGUUCACUUCUUUGUACCAAAUGUGUGAUGGAAUGAUGUCUUUAUGGUUCCUAAACAUUCAAAAUUUGCCGCUACAUCGUCACCCUCGUAAAUAAACACAUAAUAACGGGACUGUCUGCAAAUGUAGCUUGUCGCUCCAACUCCGU